UCCUCCCUUCCUUCUUCCUCCCCCGCCGUAUCUCAAUCCAUCUCUCCGACCCAAUUAAUUUCUUCGCCUGCGGCCUUUAAAAAGAAAACCCACCGCCGCCUCACUCUGCAUCCAAUUCAACAGAUAGAAAAAAUAUAUUUUCCGUCUCUCUUUCCCUUGUGCACUGAGUUUCAGGAUGAUCAUAGAGAUAACUGAAGCUUCAAGACUACAAAUAGAAGCUCAUAAGCAAUUACAACAACAGCUCGAGGUAAUUAGUGGAGAAAAGACAUCAAUAAUCUCGAUUCUGUUUUCUGUGC